UAGCCAAGUCAGCGGUCGCGAUCACAAUGUAGAGCCUUGCCUCAUCUCCUUGCUUCCAACUACAAUUAUAGCAAAUUGGUUUUCUUAGCUGCACAGACAGAUGCCGUGGUCUUUAAACAAAGUAUCUUACGUGGAGGGAGACCAGUUUCCGCAAAAUGAGACAGCACACAAUUGUAAUAGUGAAGAAAAAUCAGAAUUCAACAAUAAUUCAGCAACCAACACAUUCGGCAUUGGUUUGCGAGUUGUUCCUCUACACGACUGGAAAUCAGAUGAGGGCGAUGGUGCCAGCAUCCCAGACGGUGGUUUAGGCACAGUUGUCGACUUUGUCAAGAAUGCUGCUGAUACAUCUAAGAAGAUGGCAUCGGUACAGUGGGACGAUGGAACUCGCUGUGUUUACAAUGCAACCCGUAAUGGUGUCUACGAUCUUUGUAUUUUUCAUAUGUCUUCUUUGGGAAUAAAACACGAAGGUGUCAUCUGCCGUACGUGCAAUCAAGACCCAAUUCUCGGGAUCCGUUGGAACUGCCUGGAUUGCGAAGGUACUUCGGUGGACCUAUGUUCAGCUUGUUACAUGGCCGAUGAACACAGUACAGCUCAUGCCUUCUGGAGAUAUAAUUCCGCCGAUGACAAGGGGGUUUGUGUGUACAGAAGAAUUAACACAGAGGGAAUCUGUGCAAGAGGUAUCUUCCCAGGCGCACAAGUUGUAAGGGGUCCUGAUUGGGAAUAUGGUGACACGGAUGGAAACUCCUCUGGAACAGUGACAAAUAUAACAUGUUGGCGUGGGAGCAAUGCCAUUGCAGUUCACGUUUUAUGGGAAAUUGGUACAAAAGGCAACUAUCGACUGGGUCCUGAUGGAAAGGUGGAUUUGAAGUGUAUAACUGCUGCCUCUGGCGGUCUCUUCUACAAGUCUCACCUGCCAAGACUUGGACCUUUUCCACAGACAUCACCUGACGUAGAACAAAGCCCAGACGAACCGGUUACAGGGUUAAAAUCAAGCUCUCUAGCAGGCGAACAAGAAGAUUCUUUUGUUAUAAGCCAUAACCGUAGCAUUCGCCCGCUAUGUACAGAAGCUGGUUCAACAGUCAGUGAAGGAUUACAACUGCAAACAGGAGCGAAAGGUGUCGAGGCUCGGAGAUCUUCGCUACAUCGAGCAUCAAUUAAUGGGGAUUGGCACUUAGUGAAGAGACUACUGGAGGAUAGGCAGGAUGUUGACCAAAGAGACAAGUUUUUGUUGACGCCCCUUCACCUUGCUUCAUGGUAUGGACACGAGCGUGUUGUCGAAUUGUUGUUACAGCAUGGUGCAGAUGUAAAUGCUGUGGACAGUUUUCAGAAAACAUCUCUUCAAAAGGCUGAGCGUCAUAAUCACUGCUCCAUAAUGAAGCUGCUCCUCAAGUAUGGUGCAUCUCAAAGUUAUCAACAGCCGCUUAGUCUUGCUUCACUUUCGAAGAGGGCUUUCUUGGCGAUUGAUCAGAGCUCUGGGUUUAAUAUGCUACAUGCUGCCGUGUAUGAAGGAAAUUAUCCCACAGUUGUAGCUGCCAGUGUGUACAUUGAUAACUUCCUGGAGCAAAUGGCUAUGGUAAGGACUCUAACUAGCGCCAGGUCAUUUCCUGGAAAAACUGCUUUAGAUAUUGUUUCUGACUUAAACAAAGAAGGCCACGCCCAAAUUAGGCAGAUAUAUUUAGACCAGAAGGGGUGCAUGGCCACAAUUACAGAGCUCCACAAAUGUGCUGACGAUGGCGAUGUUGAAAAAGCGGUCGAACUCGUUUUAAAAGACGGUAUCUAUGUGAACACCGAGGCUGAAGGAAAUCGCACGCCUCUUCUUUGGGCCAGUUUACGAUCUUCCAGUCUAUAUAUCAAAACACUCAUCGACCUCGGCGCUGACACAGCGUUUCAAAGAGAAGACCAAUGCACGCCGUUGAUGAUGGCGACACAUUGGAACAAUUACAUGGCCGUCUACCAUCUCUCCAUGCAACAGAUGAAUGCAGACGUGAGUUGUAGCACGGGUCAUGCCGCACUGCAUGUUGCAGUGAUGAAAGGAUUUUUUCAUAUCUCUAAUCUCCUUGUACGCUCUGGGUGCAAUGUUACCUUGAAGACCAAAAGUGGUAAGACGCCACUCCGUCUGGCAGUUCAAAAUGGACAUAGACACCUCGUGAGGCUUUUGUUGGAAAACAAUGCCGAUGCGAACAUGCGCGAUGAAAGUAAUGCAAAUGAGAGGCUAUUUCUUGUUCGGGGCAAUGAGAAAGGAAGACCAGCCUGGUAUUAUAUUAUGGUUGAGAGAUCUCUUUUGGGUUUGUUUCUGAAACGAACUCAUGGAGGUAAACUAGAUGUAAAUAACUUUGGUACUAUUAUUCGAUCAGGGUUGGGGGAGCCUCCUUCAGAAGCCGAAAUAACAAAAAAUUUGAACAAGUCGAGUGAAUUUCGGAAAGAUCCUAUAGGUAAGACACCCCUCCACAUUGCGUGUGAAAUUGAAAAUGGAAACCUUGAAGUCAUUGAGCUUUUGGUUAAGUAUGGCGGAGAGAUAAAUGCUCGAGAUGGAGAUGGCUUCACUCCACUGCAGACGGCAGCAAUACUUGGCAAGAUGCAGACUGUUACAAAGCUUGUGGAGCUAAAAGCCGAUGUCAAUUUGACUACGAAAGAUGGAAAAGAUGCCGCCGACCUAGCUCAAAUGAACGAAGAACCUAUGAUAGAGGAAUACCUCAAAUCAAGAAGGAACUCCCUCAUGAGGAUUUGGAAUUCAUUAGUCAAAAGUUAGAUGAGCUAGUAAACCGUAUAGAAAUUUGGACUGAACCAAUUGCAUUCCGAUCUCUCAGGAAAAUACAACUUCUCAUCUAUUUCAUCUUGGGUUUUCUCAGGCUUACAAUACUUGAAAUACGUCCUUUAAAUAUUGGUGAUUCUACAAACAAUUAAAAAAAAGCCACAUGUUUGGCAAUUUCCAAUUUUGGAGACCAUAACUCUAUCAUUUCCCUAUAAAAAAGGAAAAUUGGUGCAUACUCCCUUACCUUUAAGGAUCCUUGAUGGAGAUGAAUGAGAUCAUAGGAAGAUUCAGUUGCAGAUAUCUUUUCCUAGAUUAAUCAUUAAGUUUUACCAUGGUGGUCUUGUAACGUAAUGGAGAAAAUAUCCGAGCGAAACCACUUCAUUAGGACACCGAUCGCUAUUUCCUAGUAACUCAAAUCAAAAUUUAGUUGGAGUUAUUGUUGUUGUUGCCAGAUCUGAGAUAACUUUUCUUGUGAAACUUGAUCUUCAAGUGCUCUUUCAAGAAUCCCUGUAGGAACAAAGGUUUUUAUUUGAAAUAACAGCGUACACAUCGUUCUGAUGUGGGACAGGGAUUUCAUAUUUCCUCUAUCUGCGCUAUUAGAGAUGUAAUUGCGCAUAGCCUAGAAAAUAUUUGAGAGAAAUUCUGUUCCAAAUUGAAA